AUGUCGAUUCAAUUGGGAAUUAGCUCAAGCUUUCUAGUGUUAUCCUUAGCUGGGUUGGCCAGCUCCAUCAACCUUGGAGGAUUCGAUAAUGAACUAGAUUACCUCAGUACCAAGGAUGAAACUACCAAGAACACUAUUACCCAGAGCAAUGACUAUAAACAAGUAGAGAAUGAAAAUAAGGAUGUUACUGCUGGCCAAGAAACUUAUGAUGUGAACAGGGUCCUGAUCCCAAGUGUAAAUAACAACGAUGGAAGCAUUUUUAUUAUUACUGGUUCUGUACCAGUUGGAGAAAUCUUACUGGGCCCCGGUACUACUACAACCCAACCACCCACAUUAGCAGCAAGUGCUACCCAAAUAGCCAAUACCCAAGUAGCCAAUACUGCUGCGCCCGCCGCUAACCCAAUUCAAAGCACUGCUCCGGAAGCAAUUAAUACCCAAGCUGAAAGCAAUGGUAAUCCAGAUAAUAACGGACAAGGUGGGGGUUCCUUCAAUCAAUGGGGGUUCACCGGAACUCAGUCUGUCUGGAAUACCCAAACAUUCAAUCAAUGGGGGUUUACUGGAUCCCAAUCUGUUUGGGAACCUGCCACUGCUUCUGGCACUAGACAAACGGGUGUAAGUAAUUCAGCUGCAACUCAAACCGGAGCCACCAGAACUAAUGCUGCUGUUCCAGUCGGUGUGUUUGAUAGUAAAGAGAAUUCUUGGAAGAAGAAGGCAUUGAUUGCUGGGAUUGUUGCAGUGAGUUUGUUUCUAAAUGUUAAUUAA